CCCGUACGAGCCCACAGUACUGCAUCUGGUAAAACUGUUUGCAUCAUGUCCAAGGCACCAACUCCAGAAUUGAAGAAGUACAUGGACAAGAGACUGUUCAUCCAACUGAACGGAGAUCGUAAAGUUACUGGAAUUCUUCGUGGAUUUGAUCCUUUCAUGAACUUGGUAUUGGAGGAUACUGUCGAAGAAGUUUCCGAAUCCGAAAAGCGUGAGAUCGGGAGUGUGGUCAUCCGAGGAAACUCUGUUCUCGUUAUGGAAGCAUUAGAUAAAAUAUGAUCGCCGUCUAUUACGCUGCUUGAGAAGAGCAUGUAGAUAAUGUUUGCUUCGUCGUAUUUGUAGAAUAUUGAAGUGUAUUAUUGGUUCACUGCGACUGUUCUAGUGGGUAGCGGAUAGUCGAGAUUCUGAGGGCAAUGUGCGCUAUUUCGAUAGGCAUAUGAGGCUAAAAAAUACUGGUCUCUGGCAUGGCUAGCACGUCAUUGACAGGCAAUCCGAGCAACGGAUGAUACAAUAUUCAUAAUGUAUUUUGCGAUGACAACUCUA